AUGCUAAUAGGAUCCCGCCUUCGCCAGGAGGACUUUCCACCACGGAUCGUGGAGCAUCCUUCAGAUGUGAUAGUCUCUAAAGGAGAGCCAACAACUCUGAACUGCAAAGCUGAAGGACGGCCGACUCCUACUAUUGAGUGGUACAAGGAUGGAGAGCGAGUGGAAACGGACAAGGAUGAUCCACGCUCCCACCGCAUGCUGCUGCCCAGCGGAUCUUUAUUUUUCUUACGUAUAGUUCAUGGACGCAGGAGUAAACCUGAUGAAGGAAGUUACGUUUGCGUAGCAAGGAACUAUCUUGGAGAAGCUGUGAGUCGCAAUGCAUCUCUGGAAGUGGCAUUGCUACGGGAUGACUUCCGCCAAAACCCUACAGACGUUGUGGUGGCAGCUGGAGAGCCUGCCAUACUGGAGUGCCAGCCACCUCGCGGACAUCCAGAGCCUACCAUCUACUGGAAGAAGGAUAAAGUCCGUAUUGAUGACAGGGAAGAGCGCAUCAGUAUACGUGGUGGGAAGCUGAUGAUCUCCAAUACAAGAAAAAGUGAUGCUGGCAUGUACACUUGUGUUGGAACAAACAUGGUGGGAGAGCGAGACAGUGAUCCAGCAGAGCUGACUGUCUUUGAACGACCCACAUUUCUCAGGCGUCCGAUUAACCAAGUGGUGCUGGAGGAGGAAGCUGUGGAUUUCCGGUGCCAGGUCCAGGGGGAUCCCACACCCACAGUCCGGUGGAAGAAAGAUGAUGCAGACUUACCACGAGGAAGGUAUGACAUCAAAGAUGACUACACUUUGCGCAUUAAGAAGGCCAUGAGCACAGAUGAAGGAACCUACACAUGCAUUGCUGAGAAUCGAGUUGGGAAAGUGGAAGCUUCCGCGACCCUCACCGUGCGAGCUCGCCCUGUUGCUCCCCCACAGUUUGUGGUGAGGCCACGAGACCAGAUUGUAGCCCAGGGUCGAACAGUGACUUUUCCUUGUGAAACUAAAGGAAAUCCACAGCCAGCUGUUUUUUGGCAAAAAGAGGGAAGCCAGAAUCUACUCUUCCCAAACCAGCCUCUCCAGCCCAACAGCAGGUAUUCAGUAUCACCAACUGGAGACCUCACUAUCACCAACAUUCAGCGAUCUGAUGCAGGCUACUACAUUUGUCAAGCACUGACGGUUGCUGGAAGCAUUUUAGCAAAAGCUCAGCUGGAGGUUACUGACGUCUUGACAGAUAGGCCUCCACCCAUCAUCCUCCAGGGACCAGUCAAUCAGACACUGGCAGUGGAUGGGACAGCUUUGCUGAAGUGCAAGGCAACCGGCGACCCCUUUCCUGUCAUCAGCUGGUUAAAAGAAGGAUUCACCUUCCUGGGCAGAGACCCUCGAACAUCCAUACAAGAUCAGGGAACGCUUCAGAUUAAAACUCUGCGGCUGUCUGAUACUGGGACUUACACUUGUGUUGCUACAAGUUCUAGUGGGGAGACAUCUUGGAGUGCUGUGCUGGAGGUGACAGAAUCUGGUGGAGCAACACUCAGUAAAAAUUAUGAUAUGAAUGACCUCCCUGGGCCACCAUCCAAACCUCAGGUCACUGAUGUUACUAAGAACAGUGUCACCCUAUCCUGGCAGCCAGGGACCCCUGGAAGCAUACCAGCUAGUGCUUAUAUCAUUGAGGCUUUUAGUCAAUCUGUCAGUAAUAGUUGGCAAACGGUGGCAAACCAUGUGAAGACCACACUCUACACUGUGAGGGUACUGCGCCCCAAUACAAUCUACCUGUUUAUGGUGAGAGCUAUCAAUUCACAAGGUCUGAGUGACCCCAGCCCUGUGUCAGAUCCUGUCAGAACACAAGAUAUCAGCCCACCAGCACAAGGUGUGGAUCACAGGCAAGUGCAGAAAGAACUGGGAGAUGUCAUUGUACGACUACAUAAUCCUGUUGUGCUGACACCCACCACAGUUCAAGUCACUUGGACGGUUGACCGCCAAUCACAGUUUAUUCAGGGCUACCGAGUAAUGUAUCGCCAAACGUCUGGCCUACCUUCUCCAGCUGUAUGGCAGAAUCUGGAGGUCAAAGUCCCAACUGAGCGCAGUGCUGUCCUUGUCAGCUUGAAAAAAGGAGUCACUUAUGAAAUUAAGGUUCGCCCUUAUUUCAAUGAAUUCCAAGGAAUGGACAGCGAAUCAAAGUCUGCUCGUACCACAGAGGAAGCUCCAAGUGCCCCUCCUCAAUCUGUUACUGUCCUGACAGUUGGAAACCACAACAGUACGAGCAUCAGCAUCUCCUGGGAUCCUCCCCCUCCAGAUCACCAAAAUGGAGUCAUUCAGGAAUAUAAGAUCUGGUGCCUAGGUAAUGAGACUCGAUUCCAUGUCAACAAAACAGUGGAUGCAGCCAUUCGGUCUGUAGUAAUAGGUGGCCUAUAUCCAGGUAUUCAGUACCGUGUGGAAGUUGCUGCAAGCACCAGUGCAGGUGUGGGAGUAAAAAGUGAACCACAGCCCAUAAUAAUUGGAGGUCGUAAUGAAGUUGUCAUCACUGAAAAUAAUAACAGCAUAACUGAGCAAAUCACUGAUGUUGUUAAACAGCCUGCCUUUAUAGCUGGCAUUGGUGGAGCAUGUUGGGUAAUUCUGAUGGGUUUCAGCAUCUGGCUAUACUGGCGCAGAAAGAAGAGGAAGGGGCUCAGCAAUUAUGCUGUUCAGUCCUUCACCUUCACCCCUGCAGUCACUUUCCAAAGAGGAGAUGGAGGACUAAUGAGCAAUGGAAGUCGACCAGGUCUGUUGAAUGCAAGUGACCCCAGUUAUCCUUGGCUUGCAGACUCUUGGCCUGCCACAAGUCUGCCUGUAAACAACAGCACUAGUGGACCCAAUGAUCUUGGAAAUUUUGGUCGUGGAGAUGUGCUGCCACCAGUGCCAGGGCAAGGAGAUAAAACUGCCACUAUGCUUUCUGAUGGAGCCAUUUACAGCAGCAUUGACUUUACCACGAAAACCAGUUACAACAGUUCCAGCCAAAUAACGCAAGCUACACCAUAUGCCACCACCCAGAUACUGCAUUCCAACAGCAUCCACGAGUUGGCUGUCGACUUACCUGAUCCUCAGUGGAAAAGCUCAAUUCAGCAAAAAAAUGACCUGAUGGGAUUUGGUUACUCUCUCCCAGAACAAGGCAAAGGCAACAAUGCCUUGCUUUACAUCCCUGACUACCGCGUGGCUGAGGGAUUGGCUAAUAGAUUGCCACACAACCAGUCACAGGAUUUCAGCACCACCAGCUCCCACAACAGCUCUGAAAGGAGUGGCAGCCUCUCAGGUGGCAAAGGAGGGAAAAAGAAGAAAAACAAAAAUACUUCCAAACCCCAGAAAAAUAAUGGUUCAAACUGGGCCAGUGUUCCACUCCCACCCCCUCCUGUGCAGCCCCUUCCAGGCACAGAGCUGGAACACUAUGGGAUGGAUCAGCAAGAAACAGGGUACGACAGUGAUGGUUGGUGUCCACCUUUGCCAGUUCAAACCUACCUACAUCAGGGCAUGGAGGAUGAGCUUGAAGAAGAUGAUGAUCGUGUUCCCACACCUCCUGUCCGAGGAGUAGCUUCAUCACCUGCGAUCUCCUUUGGGCAACAGUCAACUGCAACCCUCACACCUUCUCCACGAGAGGAGAUGCAACCAAUGCUUCAAGCCCACCUUGACGAAUUAACUAGGGCUUACCAGUUUGACAUAGCAAAGCAGACAUGGCACCUCCAAAGCAAUACACAACCUCCUCAGGCUCCAGUUCCACCCCUAGGAUAUGUAUCUGGAAACCUUAUUUCAGAUUUGGAAACAGAUGUUCCAGAUGAUGAGGAUGAUGAGGAUGAUAUUGAAGAAGAAACUGUAGAAAUCAGUAGGCCACUAAGAGGUCUAGAGCUUACGCCAGGCUCCAGUAUGGACAAUUUGGACAGCUCAGUGACAGGUUCAAUGGUAAAUGGAUGGGGUUCUGCGUCUGAUGAGGACCGUAACUUUUCUAGUCAUAGAUCUAGUGUAGGUAGCUCCUCAGAUGACUCGAUCUUUACCAGCGGCAGUUUUGCACAAGCACUGGUUGCAGCAGCAGAUAAAGCUGGUUUUAGGCUGGAUGGAACCAGCCUGACAAGAACAGGCAAAGUAUAUCCUUCCUCUCAGAGACCUCGGCCAAGCAGUCCUUUCUCUACUGACAGCAACACCAGUGCAGCUGUCAAUCAGAGUCAGAGGCCGAGGCCAACUAAAAAACACAAGGGAGGACGGUUGGACCAACCCGCCUUGCCUUAUCGUAGGGAGGGAAUAACAGACGAUCUUCCACCACCACCCGACCCGCCCCCUGGUCAGGGUUUAAGGCAGCAAAUAGUCCCCGGCCAGCGCGGAGGCUCGGCAGAAAGGAAAGGAAGCUCUCUUGAGAGGCAGCAUGCACCGAACGUAGAUGAAAAAAAGAGCUCCCUGGACCGGCAAGCUAGGACAUCACUAGAGUGGCAACGGCAAACCCAAGAGUGGAUAAGCUCUACAGACCGCCAAGAGGAUUUCAGGAAAGCCCAACACAAACAAGCCUUCGGAUCAGAAGAGGCACUCGUUCCAUAUAGUAAACCCAACUUCCCGUCCCCUGGUGGUCACAGCUCUUCAGGAACAGCUUCUUCUAAAGGAUCAACUGGACCUAGAAAAGGUGAAGUCUUGCGAGGAGGUCACCAACGCAAUGCCAGUGACCUUCUUGAUGUAGGCUAUGUGGGAUCAAACAGUCAAGGACAGUUUACUGGUGAAUUAUCAAUAUACCAACACCCCAGCUAUCGCAGGCAUACGGGUAUGAAAAUAAGUAAAAGCAAUGUAGCUGUUGGCAUGUUUGCCUCCUGUUUGCUGCAAGUCAAACCCACAGUACCUCCCAACAGUUACGGCCCAGUAGCUUGUAAAAGAGCCAGUGGUGAUUCACAAACCCUGAAAUGUGCUGUCUUGGAUAUGGUGUUGGUAUGCACUGAAUUUUAG